AUGUAUUUAAUCAUAUUCCAUAUCAUUACUGCACAUGCUGAAAUUUUAUAAAUUAUUCCUAAUUUGCUUAACCUUUAGUAUCCAACUAUUGAACAUGAAUGUGAAAAUAUUGAACUUUAACAAAAUACAUACUUCUAUCAUGAUAUUAAAAAAGAAACUAAUUUAAUUAUCAAAUAGGCUAAUAGUUUUUAAGGACUAGCCAAUGAUCAAUGGAAUUUAACAUUUAUAGAUAGAAUUGGUUAAUUUUAGCUAGCACCUAAUUACUAUAGUAUUAUUGAAUCAUAAUAUUUGGAUAUUAAUAAAAAGAAUUAUAUAUGUGCUUUACUAUAAAAUUAAGAAAAUUAGCAUUACUAAGUUAGUUGUAAAUAAGUAAAACCAUGGAAAUUUAUCGAUAAUAAAUAUCAAUUUAGCGAGGUAUUUGAUUAUUCAUUCUUAAUUCAACAUGAGAAGGGCCUUCAAUGUAGCAGCUUUACAUUUUUAGAUGGUAUCUUUUAUACUCUUUGCUUCAUAAAUGAUCAUAUGAUAAUAAAUACUUAUGAUUAGACAGUCCAUAAAUAAUCAUACAAUUCUACUGUAUCUAACAAAUAAUGUAGUACCAAAUUUAAUAUUCCAUAAAAUCGAAUCAUCAUAGUAUCUUUUUAUUUGUGUGAUGACUGGGAAAUUUUAUUUUUUGAUUAUCAACUAAACCAUUUAAAAAGAAUCACCAAAAAAGAAGUAAAUAGAGAGGGAGAAAUAGACUCCUAUGGGCAGUUAUUAAAUCUUAAUACGUGCUACAAUACUUUUUAUUUAAUUUUUAAUAAAGUAUACUUCUAAGUAAAUUGUUCAGCAUUUUUAUUCCCUGAAUAUUCAUUUGAGUCUUAAGAUAAAUAAAAUUCUAUUUCAGAACUAUAGCUACUGAUAAUUCUAAGUUGCUCCUAAAAUGAUAUAUAUGUCCCUGACGAAAGCAUUUUUUAAUUAAUCCCUAACUUAAGAAUCUAAGAUUUAAAAUAAGUGGUGACUUUUGGCUCUUCUAUUCUUUUAUUCUAAUAUUCCGACCAUCUGCUAGCUAUUGCAUCAAUAGAAAUAAAUUAGGUAAUUAAUAUUAAGGUCAAAUAAAUAUUUGCAUUCUAUAGAGGCGAUAAUGUCUUUUGGAUUGUUGAUGAUACUGGUUAAGUCCAUUUAUUUGAGCUAAAUUUAUUUUAAAACUAUAUGCUAUACUAAUAAUAGGGAUAAUAUUUAGGAAUUUUUAGGCUUGAUAGUCUUAGACUAACAUUAACAAGAUGCUUUAUUAUCUUUGAACAUCCUGAUUAAAAUGAUUAUUUAAAAGUAAAAAUGUAGAAUCUAAAGAAAUACAAUCAUAUGAUUUAAAUAAACAAGAAUUUUAAUGAUGUGUAGAUUGACAGAUUCAAAUACAAUUUAAUUAGAAAUAUAAAUUUUUAAAUAUAUUUUCCAAAAGUAUAAUCAAGUGAGUUGGAAUCUACUGAAGACUAUUUUUCAAAAUAACUAAAAAAAUUAAGAGUUACUGGUUAAUUUUUUUUAUUUAGCAUUAAAUAAGAAGUUUAUUUGCUGUUUAAUAAAAAAGACAAUCUUGUAGUAACGUAUAAUCUCAACUCUUCAAGUUUUACCAAUCAUAAUUUAAAAAUUGAUUUAAAUUUAAUAAAUUAUUAUGAAGUAAGUAAUAGCAAGUUUGCUUUAGUGCAGGAAACCCAUGGGAAGAUAUUCUUAUUUAAAUCAUCGCCUUAUCCAUAAAAUUUUUUAACAUGUGAAAUUCAUGAAUUUAAAGAGUAGAUAAGAAUUUCAUUUUUAUAUCACAAUUUAAUGUACUUAUAAUUAGUCAAUUCCUCAGAAUUCUUGUAGGAAAAUUAUAAUCUAAAUUCAUUCAGUAAUUAACAAAUUUAUAGUUUUGAUUAUCCUGAAACAAGUAUUUGGUAAGAUCUAUCAGAAGUUAUAAAAGUUCUGAAUUUUUUAAAUAUUUAUAUUUUCUAAAUGGAAUCACAUUUAUUAAUUGAAAUAGGAACUACUGAUACUUUAGGUAUUAUAUUUUUAUUAAAUAAUAGAAAUCCAUUAAAAAUUGCUGUUAUUAGGGGGAUAGUUGAAAAAAAGAAAUCCACUAAAUCUGCUUUUGUUAGUAAUGAAUAAAGAAAUGAGUGCCAUCGAUCAAUAUUUAAUUGCUAACCAAAAAUAUUAAAAACUUUAUACCUUUAACUUUUCAGAUUAUAUACCAAUUUAACCAUUAUACUAUUAGAUUUUGUAAAACAUUUUUAUAAUAUUAACCAAAAAAUAGGAUAAGAAUUUAUUUCAUAUUUUAUUAUUUAAUCUUGAUUAAUGGAAUAAUCUUGAAUACUAUGAUAUAAUAACUACACCUUAUUAAUAUUUUUAUGCAUAUUCUGGUAUCCUUUAUUAUUACGAUCAUAAUCAAGAAUUAGUAUAAUACAACCUUCAGUAUAUCACCAUAUUUUUUAAUCUAAAAGAAAUCAAUUCAAUCACAUACAAAGAAUAAUUAUAACUAGAUGUAUAUGAAAAAUCUGAAAAAGAUAUUAAAAUUUAUAGUGAAUAAUUAAACAUAUCAGUACUCAAUUUUUAAUUCAAUUUAUAACUUAUCAAUUAAAGUAAUCCUUAAAUUAUCAUGGAGAAUAAUUAAACCUUCCUAAAUCCAAAUAAAUUUGUUUCAGGAUCAUUUUUUGGUUUCAAAUUGAAAAAUGAAACCUAUUUUACUUUAUAAAAUCCGUUUAUAGUUGUUGGUAAAAAAUACUGCCUUUAUUUCUUAAAUACUUUAUGUCUAAAUAUAGAAAAUUCAUUUUUUAUUUUAUAAGAAUUAACAAAAGAUUACGAGAGCAAUUUAUCGUUACCAAUUAGUUUCUUUCCUAAUAAUAUGAAAGUUUAUAAACUUGGUGAGAAAUUAUUGGUAAUAAAUUAAUCUGAACUUAAUCUCGUAUAAAUAACUUAUUUAAGUAAAGGCAGUAAAUAAGCUAUUUUUAUAGAAGGAAUGUUCUUAUCAUCUACAUUAAAAAAAUAAAUAUUACUAGUUUAAUUUUUUCAAGAAAGCAACUAUUAUUUUAUCGAUGAUAAAAUUACUUUGAUAUCCUCUUUUAAAUCUAGUGAGACUAAUGCGGAUAAUUUUUUAUAUCAUUAAUUCGAUAAUAAUAAAUUCUGUUAAAUUCUCUUUGGAAAGGAUUAAAUAAAAAUAAAUUGUUAUUAAAUAAAUUCAGAAGAAUUAAUUCAUAAUUUAUAAAAUUAUACAAUACCUACUCUAAACAUUUACAAUUUAAUUGAAAUGAGUCAUUAUCUCCCAAGUUUUACUUAAUUAAUUUAACUUAGUAUUUUAAAUUUAUCUUAAGUCUAAGAAGAAAAAUUAGAUUUAAAAGUAAUUUUUAAUUACAGAACAGAUUUAUUAUUUUAUGUGUAGAUAAUUCUCAGCCAAUAAGAAAUAAAUAUCAAAUUAAAUAAUAUUAUUAGGCCUUCGAAUUUUAAUAUUCUUUGCUAAUGCUUUCUUCUACAAAAUAAAUUUUUGUACAAUUGUUAAAGCUUUUAAUUGUUUGUAUAUGAGCUCUAAAGUGGAUUUUAACAAUUAAAUCCGAGCUCCUCUCUAUAUUUACACAAUAAAACACUUUCAUAGUUAAAUAAUACUCACAUAGCCGUGCACAAUAAUUUGGAUAACAUUGUAACAAUUUAUAGAAUCGAUCAAUGGACAUUAGUUAAAAAUGAUAACAUUAAUAUUGAAGGAGAAGAAAGUGUUACAUUUCAAGUGUCAAGUGAGGUAGCUACCUUAGAAUUUAAAGUAAAUGUUGUGAGUAAAAUAAAAAGAGAGAAUGAAUCUGAUUCUAGACUGAUCCAAAUUGGCAUUCUUGUUAUUAACAACUUUUCUAUUCUAAUAUUCAUAACUAUAUGUAAAAAACAAAAGAGAAGAUGA